AGUUACCAUGGGAACUCCGGGGAGGUUGGCUGUUACGUCGCCCCCCGCCCACUGACCAAAGACAACAACUACUUUGAGGUACUUUGGAGACGUGAUCAAAUCACCUCUCGAUCUUCUCUUUGAUAAGCCAAACAGCUCAAACUCUGUUCUCGGAGAUGGAGCCUGUCCUAUGCUGUUGGUUUUUUCUCCAUUCUCCCUCACUCGAGUCUAAACUCUCUCGCCACCCCUGUUCUGGGAGGUGCAGCCAACUUGUCAUUGUGCAGCGUGGCGGUGCCCUAGCUGAUCAGCCAAGCCAUUGUGUUAGCGUGAGCAGGUGCCAGUGAGGAGUCGAGCCCAUGUUCGUGGCCGGAAGUGCUGCUGUUGGAAUGGAAAACGAGUGUUCUCGUAACUACUUGCAGGUGUCGAUUGUAGACAGUGGUGUGCGGGGGACUAUCGCCGUGGGCCUUGUGCCGCAGUAUUACAGCCUGGACCAUCAGCCGGGGUGGCUGCCUGAUUCCGUGGCCUACCAUGCUGACGACGGCAAACUCUACAAUGGCAGAGCGAAGGGCCGACAGUUUGGGACGAAGUGCAGCUCAGGGGAUCGGAUCGGCUGCGGGAUCGAGCCAGUUUCUUUUGAGGUCCAAACGGCCCAGAUAUUCUUCACCAAGAAUGGAAGGAGGGUUGGCUCCACCAUAAUGCCGCUGUCCCCGGACGGGCUCUUCCCUGCCGUGGGGAUGCACUCGCUGGGAGAAGAGGUUCGGCUCCACCUUCACGCUGAGCUAGGCAACGAGGAGGACGAUAGUAUCAUGAUGGUGGACAGCUAUGAGGAUGAGUGGGGCAGGCUUCACGACGUGAAGGUCUGCGGCACGCUCCUGGAGUAUGUGGGCAAGGGAAAGAGCAUCAUCGAUGUUGGGCUGGCCCAGGCAAGGCACCCCCUGAGCACCAGGAGCCACUACUUUGAGGUGGAGAUCGUAGACCCUGGGGAGAAGUGCUAUAUUGCGCUAGGCCUGGCCCGGAAGGACUACCCGAAAAACCGCCAUCCCGGAUGGAGCAGAGGAUCUGUGGCCUACCAUGCAGAUGACGGGAAGAUCUUCCACGGGAGCGGCGUGGGCGACCCUUUCGGGCCCCGGUGCUACAAGGGCGACAUUAUGGGCUGUGGGAUCAUGUUCCCCCGGGAUUACAUCCUCGACAGCGAAGGUGACAGCGAUGACAGCUGUGACACCACAGACCUGAAGCCCAAGCUGCGGGGCGUGCGGAAUGUCAUGUACCUGCACCAGGAGGUGGAGGAGGAGGAGGAGGAGGAAGAGGAAGAGGACGGGGAGGAGAUGGAGCAGGAGCACGAAGGGAAGAAAGUGGUGGUGUUCUUCACACGCAAUGGAAAGAUCAUCGGCAAGAAGGACGCGGUGGUGCCGGUCGGCGGCUUCUUCCCCACCAUCGGCAUGCUGAGCAGCGGGGAGAAAGUCAAGGUGGACCUCCACCCGCUCAGCGGCUAGGAGACGGGGGUGGGGGCAUAUCCCAUCUGCCGCCCUCUCUCGGGGUCAGCGCCCUCCCCAUGGGGCACCCCAGGGACGUUCUCCAUCACUUCAAUCUGU